AUGAACACAGAACAGAGCUCUAACGACAGUGCUCAUCAUGGGGUAUACACUGUACACCUUAUCAUUGGGUACGUAUUUUCUAACGCUUCAUUCUUGGGCGUUGUCCUUUUAACUGUUGACAGAUUCUUGGCUAUUCAUCUUCAUCUCAGAUACAGGCAACUUGUGACACACAAGCGGGUUAUUGUUGCUGUCAUCUUAAAAUGGCUGUUAAGUUCAGAUUCCUCACUAUUUAACUUGGACAGAAUUUUAGAAAAAGUCAAUGAAACUACAAGUGCAAUCGUUGGAGCUGUUUGUCUCAUAAUUACAGGAUCGCUUUGCUGCAAGAUAUACAGAACCGUAAAACAUCAUAAAAAUCGGAUUCACGCUUUGCAAGUACAGCAAGCAGCACAGAAUGCCGGACAAAUGGCAAAUUCAGCAAGGUUGAGAAAAACUGUUGUAGCAACAUUCUAUGUGUAUAUCGUGUUUUUGGUUUGUUAUCUACCAUUGUUUUGUGUCAGGGCUGUCACUGCAACCCAGGGGGAAUCUGCUUUGGGGUUGCAUCUACUUUAUUAUGCAGCGACAAUAAUGUAUCUCAAUUCAUCUCUCAAUCCUCUGAUUUACUAUUGGAAAAUGAGACACAUUCGACAAGUUGUCGUGCAAAUUCUGCGAAGCGUCUUUGUAUGUCAGUAAAGUUAACAUGAUUUAAUUAAUAAAUUCAAGAUGUUUAUAACGAGGACGUCGACUUUUCCUGGCGUGUAUGGCAGAGUUUUCUUGCCAUUAACAUUACUACGCUAAGCAUUGUUUUUCUGUUAUCGCAUUUUGUUGUUUCUCUCUGUCUAAAAAUUUGUGUUCUGGUUUUAAACACCGUAAAUCUAAAAGAUCUAUUCAAGCCCUAAAAUGGGGUUAUUUCAAUGGGUAGGAAUACAGUCCUAGUUUUGGAUCUAAUUUGGCUCGCUUAAUCAAGGCCAGUACAACCCACAGGCUGAAAUAAGUCCGAGCGUGGACUGCAAUAAGCAUUUGAUGGGGGGUAGUUUUGCUUAAAUUGUGCUCAAAUUGCUCCAUGAGAGGCUGAAUCAGACUUAGUAAGGUCUUUUAGAAAUGAAAUGCUAUAGGUUAUAUUCGUCCAACUUGAGUACUUUAAAAGCCAUUUAAAAAGCUGCAGUCCCUACAUCUUCAGGGCUGAGUACGAGAAAGGCUACUGAUAAUCAAAUUGGCAAAGUAGGUCUGCAUGCAUUUUCUGCUUUCCAAUGAAGGCAACCGCCUUGUACUUGAUAAGGUUGUCCCAUUGACUGCGGGGAAAGAAUUGUUCGCCAGCCCGGGAAGCUGUGGGGAAGCUUUCAGCGACGAUUUGGUUUACAAAACCGACCAGUUUUAUAUACUACAUAAGUUUUAAUAGAUUUGACGUUUUGAAGACUUUCUAACUUUUGUAGCUUUCAACAGUGAUUGGUCAUUCUGUAAUUUUGAUAACCAUAUGACUUACUGUUUCAUUACCUGGCCAACGUUCGGAGUUAUGUUUUCUUUUUUCUUCUUGGAUUCGACAGCAUCAUAGGGACGGUGGGAAGUUUGAGAGGAGGGUAUGUCAUUUAUCGGACUGAUUGUUAAUUACGUUGAUCAUUGCAAGGAAAUUGAUUUUAUAAAAUCAAACUUGUCAACUACUGCUCUUUAGCUUGUUCAGUUUUAAUCAAGUUAAACUUGCUUUUCUUGUCGAAAAUUAGGAUAUCAAUUGAUAAAAGUAACUCGAUUUUUUAAGCUGUGACCAUAUUUGCGUAACUUCCUAUCAAACUGUGCCUGAGCCAAUUUUGCAACCGGGCGAUAUUUGCACCUGUUUCGGUUUUACAGACUCUCAGGUUUUCAUUGGUUGGUCGGUGCCUUUCUGAGAGCAUCUCCUUUAGUGUACUUUGACUCUAGAAAGAUCUUCGAGCUGAAGAUUGCAGCUUUCGGUGCUCUACCGAAUACUGCGCUCACCUUUGGAACGUGCGCAAAGAUUUCAUGCAAAUUUUUACAUAAACCAAGUGAACUUUUGCUUGAAAUUAGAAAAUGUAUUAAAAAGAAGUGUUCUAGAAAAGAAACGUUGAUCACAGGGGAGUCGAAUAAAGCCCUGUUGAAACGAAGGAGAGUCCUGGUACGUUUUCGAAUCUUGCUGAGCGAGUUGCCCAAUUACAUCAAGUUUCAGUGGUGGCCUCUCCAAAUACUGCGACACCUUCUAGUAAAUAUAGCGGAUCUCGCAAAUGUGUGUAACUUGAAAAAGUGUGGAAAACAUAAGACUUUUGGGUACUGAGUUCCAUAAAAUGUUGGAAGUUGAAGAUUAAUAUUCAACCUUGGUCGCUAACUGCGUCUUCAAAGCAUUCUUUGACUUUCUCCGUUAACUCAGCGCUGACGGUUUCUUGGCUACUCGUUUUAAUCUCAGAUACCAGGAGCUUGUGACUCACAAGCGUUUUGUUUUUGUAGUGACCUCAGCUUGGGAGUAACGUGCAUUUGUUUCCCUUUUCACAGUGAAACUUGAAUAUUAGCGGGCACCUGAAUAAAGGUUUAUUUUGCAGAAUAUAUGGGUAAACAUUUUAACAAGCUGAGCCAUUCGUCCGCUUAAUAAUGGGUGUUCGCUUAAUGUGCAGCUGAAUAUGAAUCGUCGUAGAUCGCUGUUUAUCAAAAGGUCUGCCCCAUAUAUUUUGCUUGGGUCUAGUAAAUACAUUGGAUUGGUCUCCGACCUGAUAGUCAGUUUUUCCUAUAAACCAUCGUUAAACUCGCUCUUUUUGCAUGACUGUGUAUUAGCGAUUCAUUACAACCAGCUACUGUUGAUACUUAAAUAUUACGUCAGUAGUUUCAGUUUCUUCCUUUUUGACCUACAAACUUCAACACUUAGUACAAAGCUCGACCUAUCGCGUUUCGGUUUAAAUGAAAAUAUAUUCAAAUUACUGUGUGAUGAGGAUGACGUAUUCAAAUUCUGAUUUACGAGCUCUGUUAAGACAUAGUUUUAACUCCAAAGAAGUGAAUAUUUCAGAUGCUAUAAGUACAACUUUAUGUUUCAAUGGAGGGAGAAAGUAUCGUCUUGUGUAUUAAAUGCGCAUUAAAUUGCGAGCAAUGAUGAACUUUCUUUAUGUUAAACUUUCCGGGUUGAUUGUAGUUUAAGGCAUAUAUUGCUUUUUUGAAACAUGAUUACUCAUUGAAUUGCCACGUGGUGUUGGCUGGUUUCAUUAAGCUGAGGCUACAAUGGAUGUUUUAAACGUUCUGAUCCGGUAUGCAACUGAUCAAGUCUGACACAUAUUACCGAACGAUUUGUCAAGUAACUACCCACUGUAUCUUUAUUUUAAAACCCUAGCUAGUAAGGUUUUUUUUAUAGGUAAUUAGUUUUUUUUUCUGAACACCUAGUCCUAAGAUUAAAGUUUAAUUAACGUUUGUGCCUUUUUCAUAGUUUUUACUUGAGUUCAGCGAAUACUUUGAAUUGGUGUUUGACCUAAUAGUCUGCAUUUCCUCUAAACUAUCACUAAACCGCUAAACUCUUUCUUUUUGACUGUUUAUUUGCAAUCCUUUGCAAACCAGCUGCCUUUUCUAAUUUAAAAUUACGUCAUGGUUUCAAAUAACUUUCUUCCAUUUGACUGACGGACUCUCAACACCUACGAAGCUCGACCUAUCGCGCUUCGGUUAAAAGAAAGAUAUAUUCAAAUUUCUGUGAAAUGAGGAGAAUCCCGAGCAUUGCACAGACAGUUUUAAUUUCAGAUACGUUGAAAUUUUAAAUGUUAUGAGCGCGUUUCAGGGACUUUCUUAUACCACUGUCGCAGUAGACUCAACAGGACUCACUUUAAUUUAGUUGCCAUCGGAGGAAGAGAAGAGAAAGACCCGGCCGAGAACUUCUGCAGACCGUUCUGUACGUCUUGUGAAGAAUUGUUUCCGGUGCAGUCUGAGCCUUUCAAAAUAAGAAACAAUUGUAAAGCUCUUCAAAUGUUCUAUCCAGCUACAGAUUGAAACGUAAGACUCUAUGCAAUGACGGAAGCUGAAGGUUUGCAUACGCCAACACUUGUCGCUAACUGCGUCUUGAACGGUUUCUUGUCUUACACCGCCAUCGUUUUAAAUAUUAUAACAAUACAAGCCCUCAGAAAAACGUCGUCGUUGCCAAAGACUUUAAAAACAUUGCUACUAAGCCUGUCUAUAUCUGAUCUAGGUGUAGGUUUACUUGUCCAGGCACUUUAUGUUGCAUUUCUUACGAUGGAAAUAACUAAAAACAGUAAAAAUACUGACAACAUUAUUGCUUAUCGAGCUGUUGUUAAAGCAUAUGCCAUCCCUAACAGAUUAUUCGUUGUUUCCUCGUUUUUUGGUGUUUUCGCGAUAACUGUUGACAGAUUCUUGGCUAUUCAUCUUCAUCUCAGAUACCAGCAACUUGUGACUUAUAAGCGGGUUGUUGCUGUAGUGAUCUCAUUCUGGGUGUUCAGUGUAAUUGCUUGCUUCUGGUAUGAAUCGAUUCAUGUUUUGUCCGUGAUGUCAGUUGUUUGUAUCAUAACUACAGGAUUGCUUUAUUGCAAGAUAUACGCAGCCGUAAGACACCACACAAACCAGAUUCGCCUUCUGCAAGUACCUGAACAAGUAGCUCAGAAUGGAGACAUGGCAAAUGUCGCAAGGCUGAGAAAAACUGCUGUUGCUACAUUUUACGUGUAUAUCUUGUUUUCAGUUUGCUAUUUGCCAAUAGCUUGUGCUGGCCUCGCCACGAUGAUCCAUGGUAAAAAUGCCAUUUUAUCCCAUUUAUGGUUUUUUACUUGGACCGUUGUGUAUCUGAAUUCGUCUUUCAAUCCUCUGAUCUACAGCUGGAAGAUGAGAAACAUUCGACAAGCUGUCUUGGACACACUUCGUAACAUCUGUCCGAGUGGCCACUAAAGAGAGAAUAACUCUUCCCCUUUUUCUCAAGUGAAAAACGUUAUUGAAGCAAUGCAAACAAUGCAGAUUGGAAAAGUGAUAUACAUUAUGGCUCUUGAUGUACGUCAUAUACUGACAGUAAAUAAAAUAAAUAAAAAUGAGUGCAAAAAGUCGACGUU